UUCUCCUAAACCCUAUCAGAGCCACCAUCACCAUCUCCCCUUUCUUUCAUUCUGCCCUUCUCCUCGUGUCGCCAGAAGCUAAGGUCGGUUUGGGGCUGUUGUUGGCGUCGCCGUUUCCCUGUCCGAGCUCUCUCUGUCACUGCUUUUCUGCUCCUUCACCGUUGGUCGUCACCGCUUCUCUGCUCCUCGCCGUGAGUUGUCGCUGCUUCUUCCCUACUUGCCGUGCGUUUUUUCUCCUCCUCCCAUCCUCGCCGUUUUUGGCUGUGGCCCCUUCUCUACUCCCCGCCAAUCUUGUCGUCGCUGCUUCUCUGCUCCACAACGUGUCUCACCGUCGUUGCUUCUCUGUUUCACAUUACUGAAGUUCCGAAUCUGAAUUUCUCUGUCUCUCUGCUCUCUGGCUCUAUGCUGUCUUUUCCUCCCCUUUGCUGCCAAUCCAGGUAAGUUACUUGACCGGUUCAUUGACCGGUCCAGUUCUCGCAACCUUGGUUAGGAGAGCAUUUACGUGCUGGGACCAUCAAAUUCGGUGCUUUCGUAGUGCUGCUACGAAGUUGAGAGUUGCUAGUUUCUAGCUUUCUCUUCUCCCCUUUUCCUUCUCUGCUCUCCAAGUCAGCCGGCGUCACUGAUCCGUUCUCCGGAUCGCCACUCCAUUCAGUCCGUUCACUACUGCGCCGCCGCCGUUCUCCAUUUAUCCUCCUGCAUCGCUACUCCGGGUUGCUGCCACCAGCGCCUCUGCUCGCAUCUUCGCCGGCGUCUCUCGCCUCUCUGGCCGCUUCUCCCUCGUCCCUGGAGUGUGUUCAUGGAUUCACAAUCUCUUGCAUACCAGAGUCAUCAAAUGCAAUGAAUGCAAUAGCAUUAGGAACAAAACCAACGAAGCAUGUUCUUUGUGCCACACUUAGUUCUUGCGCAAAAACCCUUAAUUGGCCUCUAGGUAUACAAAUCCAUGCUCAUAUCAUUCGAUCCGGGUAUGAGGAUAAUUUGUUCCUUAGCAGUGCACUCGUUGAUUUCUAUGCAAAAUGUGAUUCCAUUUUGGAGGCAAAGAAGGUAUUCACAUCCAUGAAGGUGCACGAUAAGGUGUCGUGGACUUCACUCAUUUCAGGGUUCUCAAUAAAUGGACAAGGAAAAGAUGCAUUCUUGUUGUUCAAGGAUAUGUUGGGUACCCAAAUUAAGCCUAAUUCUUUUACCUUUGCCAGUGUUAUUGGUUCUUGUGUGGGGCAAAAUGGCGGCCUUGAAAAAUGUUCAAUUCUUCAUGCACAUGUUGUGAAACGAGGAUUUUGUGCCAUGAAUUUUGUGUUGUGCUCAUUGGUUGAUUGUUAUGCAAAAUGGGAGUGUGUUGAUGAUGCUGCUUUGGUGUUUGAUGAAAGUACUGAAAGGGAUAGUAUUGUGUAUAAUUCAAUGAUCUCUGGUUAUUGUCAAAACUUGUACUAUGAUGAUGCGCUGAAACUAUUUGUGGAAAUGCGGCAGAGGAAUUUGGGUGUUACUGAUCACACUUUAUGUUCUGUAUUAAAUGCUUGCAGUGGCAUUGCAAUACUUCUUCAAGGAAGACAAGUGCACUCUGUUGUUGUUAAGAUGGGUUCAGAGCAGAAUGUGUUCGUGGUCAGUGCUUUGAUUGAUAUGUAUUCAAAGGGCGGUGACAUUGGUGAGGCUCGAGCUGUGUUGGACCAGGCUUCUAACAAAAAUAGUGUGUUGUGGACAUCUAUGAUCAUGGCUUAUGCUCACUGCGGUAGAGGUUUGGAGGCUCUGGAACUUUUUGAUCAUUUAUUGGUGGAGAAAGAGUUCAUUCCUGAUCAUGUGUGCUUUACAGCAAUCUUAACAGCUUGCAAUCACGCUGGAUUUCUUCACAAAGGGGUGGAGUACUUCAACAAAAUGAGCGCAGAUUACCAAUUAUCUCCUGAUAUAGACCAAUAUGCUUGCUUGAUUGAUCUUUAUGCUAGAAAUGGAAAUCUUAGGAGGGCAAGAGAUUUAAUGGUAGCAAUGCCUUAUGAUCCAAAUACUGUAAUCUGGAGUUCCUUCUUGAAUUCUUGCAAGAUUCAUGGAGAUGUAGAGCUUGGAAGGGAGGCUGCGGAUCAGCUCAUUAAGAUGGAACCAUGUAAUGCAGCACCAUAUUUAUCACUAGCACAAAUCUAUGCGAAAAAAGGUUUAUGGAACAAAGUGGCUGAAGUCAGAAGCCUUAUGCAAAGAAGGAGAAUAAGAAAACCUGCAGGAUGGAGUUGGAUAGAGGUAGAUAAGAAGCUUCAUGUCUUUGCAGUUGAUGAUGUAACUCAUCAACAAUCAAUUGAGAUCUAUGCAGAGUUGGAAAAGAUUUAUCUGGGAAUUAUAGAAGUGCCAACUUAUAUAUCAUAGUAUAUCAAUAUUUAAGCAUAGGUCUACUCUCCUUGCUUCCUAUGGAUUACGGAUUCCAAUUUAUGAUGAGAACCUUGAAUACUUUCAUGUUGUUAAUUUAUCAGAUGUUGAUUGAGGCAGAGUAUAAUCUCCAGAAAAAAUCCAACGUGUUGGAUACUGACUCCAAUUUAUCCCUGUUGUUCUUCGAAAAUUUAGCUGAUAACAAGAGGCAAGAUGUAUUCGAGGUAGUAGAUGAAAUCUUAUAGGGGUUCAACAUAGAUGGAGGAGCUCAGGUCUCCCCUUUUUCAUAUACGAGUAGAGAUUAUGAUCCGGCCAUUGUUUCCCAUGGUUCUGGAGAAUUAUGGCGGUCCCUUGUGUGAGAGAUUUUGCCAUUCGUCGGGGAUCUUUUCUGCUUUGGUCAGAUUCCCCUCCAACUGUUAUGGUUGACUGUUUGGGCCCCUGGAUGAGCUGCUGGGGUGCCUCUGGGCUGUGCUGGACGCAUUUCUGUGUUGGGCUUAUCCAGAACAAAUUUUAUGCAACAAAAGGUACUGAAGCUGAACCAAGGAAAAAGGGAGCAGCUGCGGCUGCUUAAGCUUUUUGGAUUGAAAGAUUGUUGUUUUGUGGGUACGGAAUUAGAGUGUUAGAUUUUUAUUUUUCUUUUGUUGAGGCAAGGCCUUUUAGGCCUUUGGAACAUUCGUUUAUUUUGAUAGCCUCAUAUUGCUUCUGUCUCUCUUGGUCUUGUUUACUUCAAUUUUGUAAUUGCUAUUAAAUUUCAACGAGUCAGACUUUUUGGAUAUUCAGUGGAUUAUAUGACAAUUAUAGUUUUGGUUU